AUGCCGGGAUAUUUUAUAAACGAGAUAAAUUCAUGUGUAGAUGAUUCACUUACUGGUUAUGUUCGUGCACAUAGUCAUUUGGAAUUAGUAGGUCGAGCUGUUAUUACACGAUCACAAGUUCCAUCAGUAGCUGUUAUUAGUGGAAGUGGCUCUGGUCAUGAACCAGCUACGGUCGGUUUUGUUGGUCGUGGAUUAUUAAGCGCUUGUAUAUCGGGUUCAAUAUUUGCAUCACCACCAUCAUCUGAUAUAUUUCGACUUAUUAUUGAAAUGAAACGUCGUGGUGCUAAACAAAUACUUUUAAUUAUUUUAAAUUACACCGGAGAUCGACUUAAUUUUGGUUUAGCUAUGGAACGUGCUCGAGAAUUAUCUAUUGAUAUUGAUAUGUUAGUUGUAGCUGAUGAUGCUGCUGUUAAUAAUUCUAUUGGACCUCGAGGUUUAGCUGGAUUAUUAUUAGUUAUCAAAAUUGCAGGUGCAUUAGCUGAACAAGGUAAAAAUAUGAGUGAAAUUGUUGAUGUAUGUCAAAAAGUUCGAGGCCAACUUCGUACUAUUGGAUUAUCUGCUUCUGGUAUUCGAGCACCUGGUCAACAACAAGCAUUUGAAUUAUUUGAAGAUGAAAUGGAACUUGGUAUGGGUAUUCAUGGUGAAAGUGGUGUACAAAAAUUAAAACUUUUACCUUCACGACAAGCUAUAGAUCUAGCAUUUGGUCAACUUAUUCGUGGUACACGUGCCUUAGGGGUUAAACGAGAUGAUAAUGUACUUCUACUUGUAAACAAUCUUGGUGGUUGUUCAAAUCUUGAAUUAGGCAUUAUCCUUAAAGAUGCUAUUGAAAAUUUAGAGCAUCGUGCAUUACAUGUUAAACGUGUUAUAUGUGGUGAAUUGAUGACAUCAUUUAAUAUGAAAGGUUUUUCAUUAACAUUACUUAAAUUAACAACAGAUAUGAGUACAACUAUAUUGAAUUUACUUGAUUCACCAACUGAAGCUUUUGCUUGGCCAAAAAUAAUUAGUCCAACACAAUUAUCAACUAGUAUUCAAACAUUAUCAGAUUCACUUGAAUUUAAUGAACAAUUUAGUACACAACUAGUAAUUAAUGAAUCUCAUUUAUUAUUGGAUCCACCUCUUGCUGAAUUAAUUAAUCAAGCAUUACAUGCAGUUGUUAAAAAACUUCAUAAUGAAACAGAUAAACUUAAUCGAUUAGAUGCUGUAUAUGGUGAUGGUGAUACAGGUACAGCAUUCGCUCGAGCAGCUGAUACAAUUGCACAAGAUCUUGCAAAUGAAAAAUUAGCAUUAGAUCGACCAUCAUCACUUUUUCGUCGUCUUGGUCUUAUUGCUGAAAGUCGAAUGGGUGGUACAUGUGGAGCAAUCUGUGGUCUAUUUUUUGCUGCAGUUGCAAAAAAUUUACUAUUAUCUAUUCCAUCGGGUGUAAUAAUGAAUAGUUUCAGUGAUGCAUUUGAAGCUGGUAUACAAUCAGUUGAAUCAUAUGCACGUGUACAACCAGGAGAUAAAAGUUUACUAGAUACACUUAUUCCAACUGUUGAUUUUAUUAAAUCAAAACGUGAACAACACGGUUUUACAUCACAAGAUUGGAAAGAAUUAGCUACAGUUGCUGAAAAAGCUGCAUAUGAUACAAAAAAUCUUAUUGCAAAAGUUGGUCGAGCGUCAUAUACAAAAUCCGUUGAUACACAAGUGAUUGAUCCUGGAGCUUAUGCAGUUUAUAUUAUUCUUCAAGCAAUUAGUGAUGUUUUCGCUAAAGCAACAACUCGUUAA